CGGCUGCAUGCAGAGUCUGCGUUUAGGACAUAGAACAGCGAUACUCACAUUCAAUUCUCGAUGAGCUUUGCUAUGGAUUUACUCUUGUUGGCAACCAGCUGGGCUCACGUUCUUUUGGCACCAUACACGAAAGUCGAAGAAAGUUUCAACCUGCACGCAACCCAUGAUGUUCUUAUGUAUGGAGUUGGAAGAAAUAAUUUGCACAAGUUUGACCAUAAUACCUUUUCAGGUGCCGUACCACGGACAUUCAUAGGAAGCAUUCUACUUGCGUGGCUCACUUCACCUGUCGCCUAUGUGGCCAGUCAGUGGGGCCUGCUAAGCACAAAACUCGACCUUCAGCUAGCAGGUUUGAUUCUAUCUCAACACUCGGCUCACAACGUUUUGACCUUUCUCAUAGUGCGUUUGGUACUUGCUACGCUAAAUGCAACAGGUCUCAUGUUGGUACGACGGGCUGUAUGUAGACGAUUUGGUCGUCCAACUGGCCUCAUGUAUGUCCUCUUGAUGUGUUCGCAAUUCCAUCUGCCGUUUUGGAUGGGCAGAACAUUACCAAACAUGUUCGCAUUGUUCCCUGUCAACCUUGCAUUCUACGCGUUGUACGACAGAGCUCCGCAGUCUCAGUAUCCUGCAAGAAGGAGUGCCGAUGUUGCAUUUGCUUUACUAACGUUCACUGCCGUUGUGUUGCGCUCGGAAGUCGUGCUAUUACUAGCUCCUCUUGCCAUCCAAGCACUUCUUCUCCGGCGUAUCAGUUUUAUGAGAUUGAUUAAAAUUGGGUUUUUGUCUGGCAUGUUGUCCAUUGUUUUAAGCGUUACCGUCGACUCAUACAUGUGGAACCAGUGGCCGCUGUGGCCCGAGAUGUAUGGUGUAUAUUUCAAUGUAUAUCAAGGCAAGAGUUCUGAUUGGGGCACCUCACCUGUGCACGCGUAUUUCCUUUCACACCUUCCAAAGCUUCUUCUUGGAUCCUUACCAUUGGCUGUACUCGGAGCUAUGUCGGAUAACCGUGUCCGGGUCCUAAUGUACCCCCCAGUCCUCUUUAUUGCCCUCAUCAGUUGUUUGGGUCACAAAGAAUGGCGCUUCAUUAUCUACGUCGUUCCCCUAUUCAAUAUCGCCGCCGCUCGGGGUGCCUGGUGGAUGGUAUCUCGAAGGAAAGGUGGUCUUUUCGGAAGAAUGAUGUUUCUCGCAGCUAUGGGCAUCCUUGCUCUGAAUUGUGCCAUCACUAUCGUAUCGACAUGCGCGUCAAUGGCAAACUACCCUGGUGGUUCUGCACUCGUAACAUUCAAUGAUCAAUAUGCAGACCAGCAUGCUGUGCACGUUCACAUAUCUAACCUUGCAGCCCAGACUGGGGCCUCGCUUUUCCUCCAGAGUCAUUCACCACCAUAUAUCCCAUCCAUGAGCGCACCAGCAACAAAUGAUUGGGUCUACAACAAGACAGAAAGUCUCUCCCCACGCGAUCUUACAACGUCGAGCCCUCUCACUCAUCUCAUUGCCGAGUCUUCGGUAGAGUUCACCAGGACCGGUCGAUGGAAAUUAGUAGACAGCGUGCAGGGGUUCUCAAGAUGGCAGUGGAAUCUCCCAAGGGGCGGCAUCGCCAAGGUUCUGGAAGUUCCCCUUCAUCAGUGGUUAAGCGUGUUGGAGAUGGAGACGAACGACCAGCUUUAUAUACUAGAGAGAGUGAAGUGAUAUCUUCUGUACCUUGCUAUCCUUGAAGCUUGAUUGACACAUACUUGAGUAAUGUGUGGAAACGAAUUACCUUAUUUGUUACCGGGUGCCGUGCAAUGAUCCCUUCACAAUUAAAUGUAUCACUGAUACUCCGGGUAUGUACUAGGUGAGCGUUCUCGGGGCCCAUCAAUCACAAGUGUUGCACGCGCCAAAAGUACUGGACUGGACUCUCAGGCUGCUUCUUAUCGUGUGAACAUGACGUUAUGUAUUUUUACCUAUACUUGUAGAAUGUGCGGAGACUGUAUGUACUAUGUAGAGGUUUAACUCAUAAUGCGUUGAUGCACAGACCAUAUGCAUGAUCAUUAAUUCA